AUGGCGAGCGCUGGGGCAGCUGCUGUUCUUGCUGUUGUGGUUUUGGCUUGUGCACUGGGAGCCAGAGCUGAUGGUUCUGAUCACAAGUACAAGGAAGGGAUCAUGUUCCGCUCUACGCCAACAAGGUCGGGCCUUUCCACAAUCCAAGUGAGACGUUACAGGUACUAUGAUCUACCCUUUUGUGCACCAGAACAUCCAAAGGACAAAAAGGAAGCUCUUGGCGAGGUUCUAAAUGGUGACCGUUGGUUGAUGCCCCAUAUGAGUUGGACUUCAAGGAAGACAGGAACUCCAAGGUUCUCUGCAAGAAAGUAUUGUCAAAAGAGCAAGUUGCCAACCUCCGGGAUGCAGUUGCCAAGGAUUACUACUUCCAGAUAUAUUCCUUUUGAGAAAAGAAUGGAUAAGUACUCCAAGUCUUCCUCUAUGCCACAACAUCUAGAGAUCCAUUGGUUUUCCAUAAUUAACUCGUGUGUUACUGUACUCCUCCUGACUGGUUUCCUGGCUACAAUCUUGAUGCGUGUUCUCAAGAACGAUUUCAUCAAGUAUUCUCAUGAAGAUGAGUCCCUUGAAGACCAAGAGGAGACUGGAUGGAAGUAUAUUCAUGGUGAUGUCUUCCGUUUCCCCAAACAGAAGUCCGUUUUUGCAGCACUUAUUGGAUCUGGAACUCAGCUUCUUGCCCUUGCGAUUUUCAUCUUCCUCCUCGCUCUUGUUGGUGUCUUUUAUCCAUACAACCGGGGAGCUCUUUUUACUGCCCUUGUUGUCAUCUAUGCUCUUACAUCCGGUAUUGCUGGAUACACAGCCACUUCUUUCUAUCUGCAACUGGAGGGAACAAACUGGGUUAGGAAUCUAAUAUUGACUGGCUGCUUAUUCUGUGGACCUCUCUUCUUGACAUUCUGUUUCCUAAAUACAGUUGCAAUAGCGUACAGUGCUACAGCAGCUUUGCCUUUUGGCACUAUUAUUGUUAUUAUCCUCAUCUGGGCACUUGUAACCUCUCCUCUCCUUGUGUUGGGUGGUAUAGCCGGGAAAAAUAGUAAUACAGAAUUCCAAUCCCCCUGUCAAGACAACCAAGUACCCAGGGAAAUCCUCAGCUUCCAUGCCUUUGUCACAGUGGCACUUACGUACUUCCAGCUUGCUGUUGAGGAUCAUGAGUGGUGGUGGAGAUCUGUCCUGUGUGGAGGCUCCACGGGCAUAUUCAUCUUCUUCUACUGCAUCUACUACUACCAUGCGCGGUCCGACAUGUCAGGCUUCAUGCAGACAUCCUUCUUCUUCGGCUACAUGACCUGCGUCUGCUACGGCUUCUUCCUCAUGCUGGGCACCGUUGGUUUCCGCGCAUCGCUUCUUCUUCGUGCGGCAUCUACCGCUCCAUCAAGUGCGAGUAAACAUUGGCUGUUGCUAGAUGUGCUCACGUGGUCCAACAUGUCCAUGGAUGCUGUUUGGGUGGCUUCAGAUCCGAAUGGAGAAACCGUGACCAGUUGGAUUGUGCCUGAAUUAUGCCCAAGCGCCAGCAUGCCCCUCAAUCUGAACCUCUUCGCCUUUAGCCUUUAUAGCCUUUAUAUGUUGGAGCUCCCGGAAAGGAGGAUGUAUGUAGUGUAG